GUUUAUUAAAAAUGCAAUCGCAAAAAUGUUAUCUGGCUCCUGGAUUACUUAAGACAGGUAACUGUUUAUUGAAAUACCUCAGGAUUAUUAAACGGAAACUAACCAAUCUAUAUUUUUAUCCUGAAUCAAAUUAAAGACGUGAAGGAAGUAAGCCAAUAGAUGAAUUCAUAUUUAUAAACCAUCAAUGCUUUCAGGUAUUUUAAUUAAUUAGAAUUUAGUCCAUUUACUUGGGUUAUUUGCAACCAAUAGGUAUUACAAUUAGAAAUCAGCGAUUUAAAAUAAAUGCUGAAUCCAUUCUACAAGUAUUAUAUUUAGUUGAAUUGCAAGAAACAUUUCCUUACAACAAUUCCAAAGAAUUGAUAAAUUGAUUGUCAUUAGCGAAAAGAUCCAAUUUUAAUAAUUGGUUAAUGCCAUACCCAGUGGAUGGUCAUCAGUUUUAGCAAAUAAAGUGCAUCUGGUUAUGAAGUAAUUAUAAAUAUCAUAUAGAUUGAAUGAAUUAGCCAAUCACAAUAUUGAACUGACAAAAUAUCAGAUUGAAUUUUUAUCUAGAAUCAAUAAUAACUAUUAAGAAGAAAUUCCCUUUUAUGGAAGGGAUCUCUCAGAAUACCCAAUAGCUAACACAGGUGUGCCUGAGUGUUUAGAAGUCAUUUUAAAAUAUUACGAAGAUCACGAUGAUUAUCUAAAAACAUAAGGUAAGAAUGUAUAAUAAACUAGGUGUAUUUAGGAUAUCAGGAUCAAUUUAAUAAGAACAGAAAUUAGUUCAAUAGUUUGCAAAAAGAAAUUAUACAACUAUUAAUGAAUAUGAACCUGAUGUUGUUUCUACUGUAUUUAAGAAUCUAUUGUGCUAACUAAAAAAGCCAAUAUUUCCCUUUGAAAUGUAUGACAUACUUAAAGAGACACAAAGUAAUAUUAUUGUUAAUUGAAUUAGUUAAUACAAGUAAGGAGAAAUUGUUGGAGAUGUUCGAAGUAUUUUUUGCUUAUAUGCCAGAAGUCAAUCGGAAAACCACCAAAAGAAUAGCUGAAUUGUUAUUCCACGUAGCCGAUUAUGAAUCAGAGAAUCUGGUAAAUUGUAAUUUAAACUCAGAUGGGACUCAAUAAUUUAUCAAUUGUGUUUGCCCCUUGUUUCUUAAGACCCUAAAUCACAGAUAUCUCUGAUCUAAAAGGAGCCAAAGUUGUAGUUCAUCACUUUAAUUUACUAGUGCAAAAUGUUGAAUAUUUCUUAUAGGAUUUUAAGGUGAAUCGAAAUUCCUCAUCUUAAAAAAAACUUAGCAUUUGAUUUUAC